AAUGUUUACCAUCAAAUUGUUGCCUCCUCUCUUUUCUACUCUGGGACUGACGUUACUGGACAGUGCUGUGGAAAGGCGUCCCGUGGCAGAAGACUUGCACCAAAGAAUGUGCAUAAACCUGUUGUAAUACAGCACAAACGUUAGUCCUACAUCAAAAGAUGGAAGUACAGGACCAGGAGUCUCUGGGGAGAUGGGACCGGCUGGGCAGCCGGGAUGCCAUCUCCAGAUCUAAAGCCAUGGAGAACAUCUGCCAGGACGUCAUGAGGAAAGUGGAGGCCAUCAGGCCCAUACCAUCAUUGGCCCUGUCACCCCCAGCCUCGGGAAGCCCUCCCAAGAGUGACCUAAAUGACAUCCUGGCUCACCUCCUCAUGCUGUCCAAACGGUGUCCCUAUGAUGACGUCAAGGAGCGAUGUGUUCGGCUUCUACAGGGAGUCCAGGACUUGGGAGUAAGAAUCCCAAGACCCUUAGGAAACGGACCAAGCAGAUUUAUCCCUGAAAAAGAGAUUCUUCAAAUCAGUAAAGUGGACGCCAGGACACAGUCGAUAUUUGAGGAUGCGUUUGCAGCCCUCGGUCGCCUUGACAACAUUUCUCUGGUGAUGGGCUUCCACCCGCAGUACCUGGGGAGUUUUCUCCGGACGCAGCACUACCUGCUGCAGAUGGAUGGACCUCUGUCUUUGCACUACCGACACUACAUCGGCAUCAUGGCGGCAGCUAGACACCAGUGUUCCUACUUAGUCAACCUCCACGUGAACGACUUCCUCCAGGUCGGGGGUGAUCCCAAGUGGCUGAACGGCCUGGAUGAAGCGCCGCAGAAGUUGCAGCAGCUCGGGGAGCUCAACAAAAUCCUGGCCCACCGACCUUGGCUUCUCACCAAGGAACACAUCGAGUGCCUUCUGAAGGCAGAGGAGCACAGCUGGUCCCUCGCAGAGCUAAUCCACGCCGUGGUCCUCCUCACACACUACCACUCCCUCGCCUCGUUCACCUUCGGCUGCGGCAUCACGCCCGAGAUCCACUGCGACGGCGGACACACUUUCAGACCCCCCUCCGUCAGCCAAUUCUGCGUCUGUGACAUUGCUAAUGGCAACGGACAUGCUAAUCACCACGACGAUCCGCUUGGCAACCAGGAGAUAUGCGGUGAGGUGGAGGUGCUGAUGGAACGCAUGAAGCAGCUGCAGGAGUGCCGCGACGACGAGGAGGCUAGCCAGGAGGAGAUGGCAACUCGCUUCGAGAGGGAGAAGACGGAGAGCAUGUUGGUGGUUACAGCGGAGGACGAGGAGUCUGUCCCCUCCAGAGACAUCUCCCGACACUUUGAGGACCCCAGCUAUGGGUACAAGGACUUCUCCAGAAGGGGGGAGCAUGUGCCCACAUUCAGAGUGCAGGACUACAGCUGGGAAGAUCACGGUUUCUCUCUGGUCAACAGACUGUACCCUGAUGUUGGUCAGAUGCUGGACGAGAAGUUCCAGAUGGCCUACAAUCUGACCUACAACACCAUGGCAACACACAAGGAUGUAGACACCAGUAUGCUGCGCAGGGCCAUCUGGAACUACAUCCACUGCAUGUUUGGCAUCAGGUAUGAUGACUAUGAUUACGGGGAGAUAAAUCAGCUUCUGGACCGUAGCUUUAAGAUCUAUAUUAAGACUAUGGUGUGUAGUCCUGAGAAGACCACCAAACGAAUGUAUGAGAGCUUCUGGAGGCAGUUUCAGCACUCCGAGAAGGUCCACGUUAAUCUGCUUCUUAUGGAAGCUCGAAUGCAAGCAGAACUGUUAUACGCUCUGAGAGCGAUUACGCGCUACAUGACAUGAAGUGCUUUUGGUGUUUUUAUGGUUGUCUUUUUACUGUCUGUCAUUGCUCAUUAUGGGACACUUCAAGAAAAAAGAAAAAAAAAUUAAAAAGGGGGAAUUCAACAAAAAUGUGGACGAGACAAGCCCUGGGUUGUGACGGUGCUUAUUGGAUGGAUGCUGAGAAGAGGAUCAGAACAAAUGAAAGCAAGGAAGAAGAAGAAAAAAAAAAAAAACAACUGUCAAUCAUCUCAAACUACAAGUGGAUACAUAAAUUCAGUUCUUUUGCCUGCAGUGCCAAAACUGACCAAGAGAGGGCAGUCUGGAGCAAACUCCUGCUCUGCUGGGGAGUUUGUGCUGGGCCUGGCCACUGACACCUGAGGCAUCCAAGACGAUGUUUCAGUAUUCCAGCAUGGAACCCCUUUUGUUGCCAUUCUCGUCUGUCUCCUGGUGAAGACCCACAAAAAAUCCCCAGAAAGCUGUGCAGCCAGAACCAGUCUGCACUUUGAUUCUCUUGUCACUGUUGUAUUUGUUUAGUCUCUUUAAUGUCUUUUUAUUUCAUUUUGUAUUAAGGGACGUGGAUGUUGUUAUCAAUGUGGUUGCCGUAAGUGGUAACUGGAGAGCAUUAACUUUGGGCGUAUAUAUAUAUAUACUUUUUUUUUUUUUUUUUUUUUAAAGGUGUGCCUGAACUAUCCAGCACAGUGUGCAUACGUGCUGAUGCUGCUGCUCCCAUGUGUAUUCAACGGGAUCAUAUUGAUCCCCAAAUCACCCCUCAACCCCAUUAUACCCCCUAAGGCCCUAUCCAUUAGAAAUCCACUGCAUUACCCCACCCCCCUUGUCCUCUACCCCAAUCUCAAAAUCUCAAAUGUCAAUGUAAGCUAAUCCAAGGAGUGUGUGAAAACCAGAGUGGUUUGGAAAGAAACUCAAAGAACACUGUCUGAGCCCUUUUUGAGUUUGACUGUACAUGUGUGGAUGAGUUCGGUGUCUGAUGACUGUGUGUGUGUGGUGUUGACAGAGAAAAAAAAAGUUGUCUUUGAAUUUCAUGUGUCAAAAAAAAAAAAAAAAAAAAGCGAGGCACUUUGAAGGAAAGACUUCUUGCUUCUGCUGUAGCUCUGUUAUUGUGAGUAACUGUAUCAUUUGUUUUUUGUUGUCUUUUUUUUUCUGGUAAUGAAAAAAAAAAAAAAGCUAA